CUACUGUCGUAAAACAUGACUCAUUUUACGACAAGUUAUCUCUUCUGGUCCUUUCCGACUGUUUGUGUUGCAUUGCUAGCAUCAGGUGUAGCGAUGAUGAUGAUGGCACGUUUUGUCAAUAAGUAACCAGGAGUUACAUCGUCAGAGAUGGACCCGGUUGUGCUGAGUUAUCAGGACAGCUUGCUGAGGCGAUCGGACGUUUCCCUGCUGGAAGGCCCCCGCUGGCUCAACGACCAGGUGAUCGGCUUUGCCUUCGAGUACUUCGCUGUGGAGCGCUUUAAGAGCCUGGGUGACGCCGUCUGCUUCAUCAGUCCCGAGGUCACCCAGUUCAUUAAGUGUGCAUCAUGCCAGGAGGAGCUGUCUGUCUUCUUAGAGCCACUGAGGCUAGUUUCGCGUCGCUGGAUCUUUCUUGCCGUCAACGAUAACUCCAACCAGGCGGCCGGCGGCUCACACUGGAGCCUGCUGCUUUACCAACGUGACGCUGGUCAUUUCUCUCACUACGACUCACAGAGUGGAGGCAAUGCCACACACGCUCGGCGCAUCGCUGCCAAGCUCCAGGCGUUCCUGGGCGCCGGGACUGAACUGGUCUUUGUGGAAGAGCCGUGUCCAUCGCAGCAGAAUAGCUACGACUGUGGCAUGUAUGUCAUCUGUAUCGCUGAGGCUCUGUGCGAAAGCGUUCGAGCCGGAGGCCGCGCUCGGCUUCCGACGAACACCGUCACGCCCACGUACAUCACCAGGAAGCGGACAGAAUGGCACUCGCUGAUCCAAAGACUCGCAAAGGACUAGAAGGACAUGCAUCCUCUGACAUGUCGCUAAUAAAUAAAGUCAGUACUUACAGCAAUCUUAAUUCAGUUCAACAACAGUCAGUAGCUGGAGGUUUAAUCAGCAUGCGUUACAUAUUAACAGCAACUCAACUGCGCAUGUGCUACACUCAUUCUCUCACCAUUUAUCAGGGUUUACUUGAUGAUCGUUAUGUUAUGAAUAACACAUCUGUGCAGUUGGAGGAAAAUAAUGAUGGGAGGGUAACGAUAAAUUCCUUCAUAUAGAGCCACAUCACAACACACAGUCGUGGAUUAUUCUCAAAGAACAGCACAUUCUGAAGUGUUUACUUUCUCUUUUCUUGUUACUACAGAAAUUUGCCAGUGACUGAAUUUGUUAUUGAUUAAAGAAUGAGUUUAAUAACCUGUUUAUAGACACGGCAGGACAUCUCUUUAUACAACUACAACAAGUCUUCAGUUACGUUACAACAGCUGGUAUCGCAGUGACGAAUUCUCCGAUCAGAAGGUUUUGAUUCAGUUUCUAUAACAGCAGAUAUGACAGUAGGUUCAUCUGUGACAUAAUCAACAGGUCAUGAGUUCAAAUCCUACCACAACCAAGCUGCCCCUUUUCUGGGCCCUUAACCCUCAAUGCUGUAAAUGUUUUUAAUAAUGUUCAAUGUUCAUUCAUAAUGCCACAUCUACAGCUAGUAUUAACAAAUGAUUAUUUUAUUUUAUUUAUUUUUAUUUUUUUAUUUUAUUUUAUUGUAAGAGAAUUUUUUAUUCUGGUGCCACAAUCUUUUUUGCAAGGAGACAUUUAUUUAUAUAUAUAUAUAUAUAUAUAUAUAUAUAUAUAUAUAUAUAUAUAUAUAUAUAUAUAUAUAAUAUAUAUUUUUUUUUUGUUGUGGAAAGUCUCCAGUGGUGGUUUUUUUUUUGUUAUUUGUUUUUGAGGCUUUGAGACAGAACACAGGAGAGACUGGUGAAGGAACCAGUGUUUAUAGCUACUAUGAGAUAAGUAAUAACAGAAAUGUUGUUUAAAAAAAGUAGCUAAAAGGUUCAAAAUUCUGCUGCAUUGUUUACUGACUAAUUAAUCCGUAAUUCAUUUACUGAUUAAUUCAAAAAUCGUGAUCGUUGACAAAUCGCUGUGGUAAGAGCAGAAUAACACACUUCGUGUUGUGCAGUUAUGGGAAAAUAAUCAUCUUCACUGAGGUAACAGAUUAGUUUCACAGCCCUUUGUGUAUUAUAUCGUACCUAAAGCUUACUUACAUUCAAAGAGAGGUUCGGUUAGGAACUCUUUUUUUUAUUUUAUUAUAUAAUUUUUUUUUUAAUUUUUAUAAUUUUCCCAUCAGUAGAAAUAGAGCUUCAGCAUAAAGUGUGACAUUUGUUUACUGACAAACUUAAGAGAUUUUCAGUUUAGACAAAAAGGACACGAAGGUGCUAGUGUUUAACAAGCCACAAUACAGUAACACCAAUGCGUGUAAAGUGUAAUCAUCAGAACACACACACACACACACACACACAGACACGUCAGAGGAAACUUGAAAUAAAUUCAGCACAAGUGAAUGUAAAUGAGUGAGAUGAAUGUAACGAGACUCGUUUACGAGAUUUUCCGCUCAGGGUCAUUUAAAGCUGACAAUAAACAAGAAAGAAUGUGAA